AUGACUAGGAAUGGGGUAACUGGUCCAGAUGGUGCACAUAUAUUGGUAAUCUUGUCACAUCCAGGGAAAUCAAUAGCAAAUCAAGCAAUAAUUGAUACUCUAGUUGAGAAGUUUGGCCAAAAUAUUCAGGUCAGACACUUGAAUCAACUUUAUCCAGACCAGAAGAUAGAUAUAGAAGCUGAACAAAGAGCCUUAAUUAGUGCAGAGCUUGUUAUCUUGCAAUUCCCAAUGUAUUGGUAUAAUAUGCCUCCCUCAUUAAAGAACUGGCUAGAUUUGGUUCUCUCCUAUGGAUUUGCAUAUGGAACCUCGUAUAAACUUGAGGAUAAACUUCUCCUUGUAUCUAUUACCACAGGGGGUGAGGAUAAAAAGUAUGAAAAAAAUACAGUAAAUGACUAUCUAAUGUCUUUAGAAUCAACAUCAGAAUUUAUUAAGAUGAAGUUUGCCGGUAUACUAGCAGUUCAUUCAAUGCUAUUAGUGCCAGGAUUAGUGGGAGAGGAAUCUGAUAUUAGGAAGAGAGCAAGUAACCAUGCAAAACAAGUCGUCAUCCCGAAAAUUGAGAGUUUAUUAUCUAGAUAG